AGCUUUCCAAGCAGCAGCCCCAUGCCCAACACACUGCCCAGCACACAGCAGGCGCUUCGUGCAAGGCAAGGAAUGGACUGGCAGUGUAAAGACCUCUGGGGAUUCUGCGCCAGGUGCUGGAGCUGCAGGGCUGGACCGGCGGGGACGUUGCAUGGAGGAGGGUAGGCAAUAGGGGGCGCUGUGGGGUCGCCUGGCGGGCCACAGCCGCGCAGAACCCUGGGCUGGGUUGAGCAGGGCCCAGGGCUCCUUCCUGUCGGAGGUGCGGAUGGCGGCUGGCGGCGGGGCUGGACUCGGGGCAUCCACCGGGCUGGAGGCGGCGACGCUGCAGAAGCUGGCGCUUCGGCGGAAGAAGGUGCUGGGCGCGGAGGACAUGGAGCUGUACGAGCUGGCGCAGGCUGCGGGCGCCGCCGUCGACCCCGACGUGUUCAAGAUCCUGGUGGACUUGCUGAAUAUGAACGUGGCUCCCCUCGCCGUCUUCCAGAUGCUGAAGGCCAUGUGUGUUGGGCAGCGGCUGGCGAGCGAGCCCCAGGACUCUGUCUCCAUGACUCUGCCCACUUCAGAGACCCGAGGGAGAAACAGAGGCGGCCCCAUUCUCGGCAGUGCACCUACAUUGGCAGAACGUGGCAGCCGAGAAGGAUCCAUGCAGAGGAUCCCCCGCCAGCCCAGUGCUACCAGACUGCCCAAGGUGGGCGGGCCAGGGAAGAGCACCUCCCGAGGCAGCUCAUAGGCAGAACAGAGGCUGCACUUGGCACCACUGUCCUAAUCCUUCUGAGAAGCAGAGCAUCUGGAUGGACAUUCUCUACCAUGUUUGGAUAUUAUUAAAGCACAGAAUUUGAGUGAGUUCUACAUGCAGUCCUAGUUUUGCUACAGCUGAAAUAGCUAGGAAACAAACCAGUGAUUUUUAUCUUUUUGGACCUUAUUUUGGGUCUGAGAAAAUAUGUGUGCCUCUGGGUCUUUUAUAAACAGCCAACAUACUUCCCUCGGUAUAAAGAGUUCCCUACAAGACCAACCUGUCACAAUGCUGUCAGGCAGUGUGACCACACAGUGAACUGUUAUAGCCUGUGAUCCGAAAAUGCCCCAAACAUAUAGACAGACAGAUGAGUCUAGAGAAGGAAAGAUAGAUUUAUUACGGCCGGGCUACACUCUUUCCUAAAGGGUCCAAGAGUAGCACUAAGCCUAAGCACUCUGGCUCUUUUUAUUUUGAUCAUGUUGCUAGGCAAGCAAGCAGAAUACAGAAGCUAAUCAUUGAGUGUUAAGCUUGAGCAAACAUUAUCAAGGAAAUACAUAAGAAAAUACAAUUUUCCAUCCAAACCCCCUGCCCAAACCAUAGUACAUCUGCAUGCCUUCCUCCUCAUUCAUAAACAGACAUUAUCAAUCUUAUUAUUUACCUUGCCUUUUCUGGUCACAAAAUUUCCUCUAGGGGGGUUUUGUUGUAUAGCAAUUGUAUCCUAGAAAUAAAGUUUCUCUAAGUCUUCCAACCAGAAA